GAGAUCCUUAGAUAAUGUCACUGCAGAUCCUGGGGCACUCGGGUGGAAAAGCAAAACCCUACGUAAACCUCACCAGAGUGAGCAAUUGAAACUUGGAAGAAAGAGGAGGGAAAGCAACGCUGAUAACAAUGUUAGCCUCAAAGAUUACACUGUACGGAAUCGGAAACGCACUGUUCCGCACCCCUCGAACUUCACCCGUAACCGCCAAACCUCUCUUUGUCUUCUUCAAAGCCAUUCCCUUCCUGCCACCGCGCCGCGCUUCCUCUUCCUCCUUCUGCUCCUCCGCCGCCGCCGCCGAAACCCUAUCCUCCGUCGAUCACCCCUGGCCCGAAUGGCUCUCCUUCGUCGACCGCUUGAACUCCAAAGGUUAUCUCGCCAAACCCUCUUCUGAUGACUCCCUAAGCGUUUACACCAACAUCAACCUCUUGAAGGACGCUUGUCUCAGCUUCGGCCGCGACCGUUACGACCUCUUCAAGUUGCUACCGAUGAACGAUAUCCAAGCAGUUGUUGAAGGAGGAUGCCCUAAUAUUUUCCGAAAAACUGUUAAUUCAGCUAAAAGGCUGCGCGCCCACCUGCAUUUAGAUGAAGGGGAUGUUUGUAGUGCUUGCAAUCUACGAAGCUCCUGUGAUAGAGCUUAUGUGAUUCUAAAGGAUUUUGAAACUGAUGCUAGAACUGUUGAUCUAGUACGGAUACUUUUGUUCUAUGCACUAGAUCCACUUGUCCUUUCUGGUGGAGACAAACCACCAGGCCAAGAAGUUAUUGAAUCAUCUGCCAGAAAACUUCUCUCUCAGCUAAUUGAGUUGAGUGAGUUGUCCUCUGCACCUGCUCCUGCACCCUCCUCUGCUUGUUCAAAGCUUACUGCACAGGAUACUGUGGCAAAAGGCCAUCCUAUAAGUGUUAUGACUAAAAAGUUGUCUAAAGAUGUUGAGAUGAAGAAAGGUGACUGGAUGUGUUCAAAAUGCAAUUUCAUGAACUUUGCUAGGAAUAUGCAAUGCUUGAAUUGUAGUGAAGAUAAGCCCAAGGAUAUUGGUCUGCCUACUGUUGAAAUGAAGGAAGGAGACUGGAUCUGUCCUGAAUGCAAUUUUCUAAAUUUUUCCAGAAAUACACGGUGUCUAAAGUGCAAAAGAGAGGGGCCAACAAAGACUGUCAAUAAAAACGAAGUUGAAAGGAAAAAAGGAGAUUGGACUUGCCCACAGUGUGGGUUCAUGAAUUAUGCUAGUAACAUUAAGUGUUUGCGAUGUCCUGAGCCAAGGCCCAAGAAAUAUCCUGGGGAUUGGAAUUGUCAAAAGUGUGGGUUCAUGAAUUUUGCUAGUAAAGUGAAGUGUUUGCGUUGUCUAGAGCCAAACCCAAGUCCCAAGACAUUUCCUGGGGAUUGGAGUUGUUCCAAAUGUAAUUUCUACAAUUAUGCAAGAAAUAUGGCUUGCCUGAAGUGCAAUACUGAACGCCCUAAAGAGCAACCAACCAGCGGUUACGAGGACCAUGUAUGGAGACGAUCCAAUUGAUGAAAAAAUAGAAAGUCAUCGGGCUUUUUCUUGGUGGUGUCACAAUUUUGGUUUUUGCUGUAACAAAUAUUUUGCUAUAGAUGCAUUCUCUGCCCAUUUUUUCUUUCUCAAUCUUUCCAUUAAUGCAGUGCCAAGUACUACACCUUUGGAUUAGAGUUACUCAAAAGGUUAUUCGAUUGCAUAUGAAUUUGUGUU